CUUCUUUUUUUUUUCAAGAAAAUGUGGAAAGACUAUUUCAUUCUAUUUUAAACGUUUUUGGCUUUUUAAAGUACAUCAUUAACUGGAAAACCCAUCAUUUGCAGAAAGGGGUAAUCUUAGCCAAACGGGAUACAUUUUGGGUUCUAUUUUAUGUUCUAUUGUAUCGGUCACCGGUCAAGCAAGCAGGUUGUGAAGUAUUUUCCAAGCGUGAGGGUUUUCGCCUGAACAAUCAGGGUCCAUUAAUAAAUAAACACAAGCUGUGAGAUAAUACAACUGGCGAGCAAUGGCGGAUUGUUAUUCCGUUAAACUAAUUUAAGAGCGGAUCGCGGUAAAUGUGAUGGGUGCGACAUGGAAAAAAACACGAAGAGUAAAGUAUGAUUCGAGAUUAAGGACAUUGUAGAGAUGACUUGGUGUGUGGUGCUACUUUUAGUGGUGGCAUCUCUUAGCGCUGUAUGCUAUGGAGACGUCCCAUACCAACUUCUCCCCGCGCCCGCGACCCUUCCCGCUAGUGUGGUACCUCCUGCUGGAGUUGUCGAUCCAGCUGGGACCAUUCUACCAGCUCCCCAAAUAGCCCCUGCGCCAGCGAUAUUACCAGCUGAUGCUAUUAGAGAGAAAGAUAGGGCAUACCCGAUGGACAAGCGUUCAUCCUCUAGCAGGCAAGGCAAAGAUGGAACUCGUAUGAUUCACGAGGAUCUCCCCGUUGCACAUCAGCGCCAGGCCGUCAUGGAAGCUCUCUCAGCGGCGCAUCAAAUGGCAGCAAGCCAGAAUAAGAGCGACAAAGGAAGCAAAGUGAAACCACAGCACGGACGUAAAAUUCUACAAGGAAACUCAAGUAUUGCGAAAGGAGAUCAUCAGGGAAUAGAAAUAUUAUCAAGAAAAGGAAAGAAAGCAUAUUUACAAAAACGCCAGUCCUCUAAGAGUUGGCAAAUGACGCCAUUUGAGCUAAGCAAUAGCAAUAAAUUAGAAACCAAUUAUGUGCUUUUCUCUGGCCCUGAAAAUAGAGAAGAAAAGAAAUACAAGCAAAACGAGUUUCCACGGACUGCGAGUAGGGGGUUGAACUCAAGAAUUCUCCUGAAACGUCGUACUCGAGAUAAGUCACAGUCACAGCGCUCAAGAAAAGGAAAAACAAAAACUUACGGAUUUCUUAGGAAUCAUGGGGCAAAGUUUAGCUCUUCAAAAAUGUUUUCGCCAACACCUUUUUAUAUUGAUGUAGAUAAGUUGAGACCUCAUAAAACAAAGCCACAUAAAGCCCAUGGGGCGAAUUCGGGAGGCGCACCUGAAUCCUCCCCACAUUAUAGACCAACACAGACUGGUUACCUUAAGCCAACAGAAAUAAACCAGCAGCGCAAAAAAGGAAAGAAGUUUGUGCCGACUCAGACUUCGUAUAUAGAUAUAAAGAAAAAGGGUGUAAAGCCAAAAAAUGGGUGCGUUAUUUCGCAAAGUAAAGGGAAAAGUCAUAACAAACGUGCAUUGAUCAAAUGUACAAAAGCGCGCAAUCAAAGAGAUCACACACGAACACGCCGGCAGGUAUUCGGGAUGGACAGCGUGGCAGAACAGAAUGCAGUGACUCAGCAACUUCUGCAAGGUCUGUUACCACAACAAUUACUAUCUGGGCAACAACAGGCUUUUCAAGAGACACAGCAUGCUUUUCCUGGUGUACAACAGGUUUUACCGGAUUCCCAACAGACCUUUGCCGAUCCCCUUCAAUCCUUACAGGGUUCCCAGCAGGUUUUACCGGAUGUACGGCAGACGUUUCCAGAUGUGCAACAGUCGGCCUUACAAGGAUCUCAACAGACAUUUCCGGAUUUGCAACAGGUUUUCCAGGGAUCGCAACAGGCUUCGCCAGAUGCGCAGGUUCUAGGAAUGUUUGGAGGGCCGGGAAGGCGAGGUGGAGUUCAGGAAAAUUCGCUGAAUGGUGAUUCGUCCCUGCUACAUUCGUUACUAGGGCAACCAGAUCCAUUAUCAUGGGCCCAACAAGAACUACAGCAACCUCAAACUGCCCAGCCCCAGCCGCUACCACAGGAUACUCUCCCCAGUUCUUCUCUUUUCUCUUCUCCUGCCGAUCCCCUGACCGCCCUGGGAUAUCAGGACCAGAUUUCUCAGGCUCUCUCCCCAGUUUCCCCGUCACCGGUUGUUGUACCCGGCCAGGCAAGACAUAGUAUACCCCUGGGGCCACAACCUGCGUAUGGAGGAUCUGAUCUGUUGCCGUACGAGGAUAGAAGAAGUCACUACUUACGACACAGGCGGCCGCACAGGCGCCGUUUUCGUUACAGACCGGAUACACCCACCACGUUUGAAGACACCUAUGGCCGAUCACCAGGGAUAUUCGACGACCUCAAAGAUAUAGGUUCUCAAAUUGACCAAUACGAUGAUAUGAACUAUGGUCAGCGGUACACGCAUCGCAGGCACAGACACAGGCAUCACCAUCCUCAUCGCCAUAGGGGAUGGGCCGAGAGGGACCGGUACCGAGAAGCCUACGUGACAGACAGGGUACCUCACCGACCUGCGUACAAGGAGCCAGCCGAUGAAGUAAGGGGCGAUUCACAUGACGAUAACUUGGGGGUUAGCACGGGCGACAGGAUAGUAGCAGCGAAGGAACACUCGUCUCUCCGCCCCGAAGCCGAAGAUGAAGUAACGGAAAACCCAACUAAAGAUGAGGUCGUUGUUGAGCAGAGCUCUCCCAAAAAAGGCAGCGAUAAAACGGACGAUAGUGAAAAAGAAGAAAAGGUUGUGGAGUACCCCCACAAGAACGAAGACGACGCCUUGGCCGUGCCAGAAACAACUGACGCAGAAUUAAAAAGGAAGGAUAUCAUAAAUCGUCUUGAAAAGGAAGCAGUGAUGCAUCUUGACUUUGACGAGACUUCCCAGAAGAAGAACAUUGUCAAAGAUGUCACUUCCAAUGGAAAUAACGCAGACCUCACCAAUGGCGCUGCAGUCACUGCUAAACCGUUAGGUACUUGUGGUAGAGGCGCAAUACUAAACAAAGGUGAAGUAUCAUAUCGCGGCAAAGACUUCAAGCACAAGCCUACCGACGCCGUCUCCAUUGCCAUGUGGGUCAAGUCCAAGAAUUCCGGCUUCAUUCGCUGGUUUGACCAGUCAGAAGGAUCUAAAGAUAGUUUCUUCGCAAGCACCAAAUUUCCUGCUGUACCUAAAAAACGCUGGACUCACCUAGUUGGAACCUUUGACACCAAAACCGGCGAAGCAAGAGUUUACCUUAAUGGCCAGCUAAAGCUCGAGAAAAUAGGCAAGAAAAAUAGCGGUCUUCCGCAGGAUUUCACCUCCGCUGGGAUUGGUAGAAAAUUCGGAGAUGAUCACGUGACCUUUCUGGAUGACGUGUACAUGUUUGAUAGAGUGAUCUCACCAGAGGAAGUGAAAGCGCUCUACCGGAAGUGCGAGUUUAACAGAAUGGUGCUGCAUUAUGGGUUUCAGCAUUGGAAUUCGACAACAAGCACUUUAGAGGACCAGUCAGGGUUACAUAACAAUGCUACGCUUAAAUCAGGAGCCCGCGUUCUCUCUGACGGCUGUGACAAGUGUGGCGCAUGCGUGGAUCUCUCCUCAAACGACCAAGCGGAAGUCUACUUGAAUGCCAGCAAGUACAAGCUCAAGCCAACUUCCGCUGUCACCGUAUCUGCGUGGGUGAGCCUGAACAGGACCAGCGGUCUUCACUCCAUAUUCCAGGCACUGAAAGGAAAAACAGACAAUACAAACGUGUACAAUUUAGAAGUAAUAGACGGGAGGGUCCAUUGGGAGAGCAGAGACAAAUCAGGAAAGCCUCUCUUUGAUGUCAAGACAAUAGACGUGACCAUACCGGAAGGACUUUGGACCCACGUGAUGGGCACGUACAGCGCUCAGACCGGAAAUGCCAAGAUAUAUGUAAACGGUCUGUUGCGAGAAAGUUUCACCAAUCCUUCCCGGCCAAGACUUUCUGCGGCCUGGGAAAGGGCUAGUAUCGGAGGAUAUGUUCCGGGAAAUCACCCGUUUAAUGGUUUGCUUGAUGAGUUUUUUAUGUAUAACUGGGAGCUGGACCCUACGGAAGCACGGUUUGUUCUCAAGUACUGCGCGGAUAAACCCAAGCUCGUCUCGUUUACUGUUAAAGUACCCAUUUUAUGAAAAGAAAAUGGGAGACUAAAGGGUUAUAUGAACUACUGUUUUAAUGUAAAAAUAAAAUAGACAUAACUCAAUCUAUUCACCAUACUCAAAGAUCCAGCGUACUUUGCGGGAGCAAAGGCAUAUAAUGUGAUAAAAUCUCGAAAUAACCAUCUAAAAACAAAGUUUCACUCUUCAUUUACCCAAAACAAUAAAAAAUAUCGUAUUUGCUUACGCAAACCAGCCGAUGGAAAUGGAUUCUUUUUUGGUACUUUGCUAGAAUGACAAAAUGGCGGAUGACAGAGGCUGUUCAAGCCCGAUGCAAAACAGCGCGAACAUAAACCGUUAUUGCUUUUACGCUCGGUUGACCACAAGCAAAGGAAAUAUAGGCAAACAAUUACGCAGUACCUUCCCACAUGUAUACAAACAGUGCCAGCAUUGAUGGGAUAAAAAACGCUGCAUGGAUUCGCCAGUUGGCGUCGCUUGUACAGGGCUACCCUACCCUCCCCCUCCCCUCACUCACUUCCCCUUCCCCUCCUUCCACUGGUUUGCUACGUGUCUGACUCGGUGAGUUGUACAUGCGUGAAAUAACAAACAAUACAUGUAUUUAUAGCACGUGAAUAAAAUAAUAAAAUGAUGUAAAAACUA